AAAUUAGAAAACCACCAGAAUGAACCAACUGAUAGAAAACUUUCCCAUUUCUUCUCGUUUUCUCAGUCACUGCGGAAACGUGUCAACUUAUGCUCUGUCUUUAGUUUCUAAGUAUGGGGAAACCGCCAAAAUUGCAGUACCCUUGGUCAUCCUUGGUGGCUUUUGUUUUGUGUGGAUCUGUGUGAAGCUUCUGAAGUCAAAGAGAAAGCCUCGGACUCUUGAUACAAGGUCCAAGACCUUUAGAGAGUUAUACGGUGGUGAUAUAGCACUGAAGAGAUUGUUUGACGAUCAUGAAGCUGAACCAAGCUCAGCUAAAUUUGACAGAACAGAUUCUGUAAUGGAGGGAUUGCUUGCUAAGGAGCAUCUUGAAUUGAAGAAGCUGCAGAGCACUGUGGGAAAGGUGGAAAAGAGUGGAAGAGUAGCCGCCGCAGUGGAGCAACUCAAAAAGGCUGAAAAGGCCCAUUCUGAGAAUCCCCAUGAAGCCUACGAGAUUGGCAUGCUUCUUGUUGAAUUGCUUAUUUAUGAGGGGAAAUAUAAAGAAGCCCUGAAACGUGAUUGCUUGAAGCAUGAAGAAAUUUCAGACGCUCGUCGUCCACUGUACAAGGCCAUUAUAUACAUAAUGCUGGGAGACGACCAAAAAGCUGAGGAAUGUUGGGAAGAGUUCAAUGAAAUCAGAGAACUGUUCCAUCUUAGAAAGCCCCCAUCAUCGUCUUCUUCUUCUUUGGGUGAGGCGAUCGACAACAUUACCGAUUUCCAGACAUUCAAGAACAGGGUGAUGAAACUUAAAACUGGCAUUGAAGAGACUGAUUCGAAAAAGAAAUCCCGCAUAUGAGAGAUAUGAUUGCUGUGAGUUUUUUCAUGUGUGAGCAGAAUGUUGUGUGAUGAAGAAGAAGAAGAAGAAGGCAUUACCUCUUCUCUCAUUGUUUGAAGUAACGCCCCUGCUAAAGAGGAAUGUUAUAUCUCUAUAUAACUUCUGAGGAGACAAGUUUGUUCCAUAAUGUGUCCCUCCAUCUUUUCCUGUCCUGAGCAGCUGUAUUAUAAUCAUCCAUUUGUGACUUUGUGUGAUCCGCAAUGGGUGAUUAAUGAUGUUAUAAUCCUUUUUUAUUUCAAUGGUCAAUGGAUGUUACUAUAUUUUAUUAAAACUACAAUGUUACGUUGAAAU